GUUGAAUCCUGGCAUAGGCAGGUCGGAGGAGUUUCUCAUGGCAAUGCUGCAGGUGCCAAUGGGGCACACGCUUAGUCCAGAGGAGGCGAAGCUGCUCAUGAACCAGACAGUACAGCGGGUCCAGGAUACUCUGAGCAUCCCAGAUGAUGUUGCUCGGCACCUCCUGAUGCACUGCAGGUGGAACGUGGAUUUCCUGAUCCAGUGCUAUGUGGAGAACCGUGAGACCCUGCUCAUCUCCUCGGGGCUGCAAGUGCAGGAUGUCCAGCCCGCCCCAAGCCCAGGAACCCACUGCCCAGUGUGUGUGAACCAGCUUUGUCCCACUGAGAAGCCACCAACCCUCUGCUGCAUGCACUACUGCUGCAAGCCCUGUUGGAGUGAGUAUCUCACGACUCGCAUUGAACAGAACAUGGUUCUCAACUGCACCUGUCCCAUAUCCGAGUGCCGUGCACAGCCAACUACAGCCUUCAUUUGUUCCAUCGUUUCGUCCGAGGAGAUUAUAGCCAAGUAUGAAAAAGCCCUCCUCAGAGGCUAUGUUGAGUGUUGUUCCAACCUGACGUGGUGCACCAACCCUCAGGGCUGUGAUCAGAUCCUCCUUAAGGAUGGACUUGGCUACGGGGCAGCCUGUUCCAAGUGCUCCUGGAUAUCCUGCUUCAACUGCAGCUUCCCAGAGGCCCAUUAUCCUGCCAGCUGCAGCCAUAUGUCUCAGUGGGUGGAUGAUGAUGGGUACUAUGAGGGAAUGACAAGCGAAGCCCAAAGCAAACAUCUGGCUAAGCUCAUUUCGAAGCACUGCCCAAGCUGCCAGGCUCAGAUAGAGAAAAAUGAGGGGUGCCUGCAUAUGACGUGUGCGAAGUGUAAUCAUGGCUUCUGUUGGCGUUGCCUCAAGCCCUGGAGGCCGACUCAUAAGGAUUAUUACAACUGCUCUGCUAUGGUGAGCAAAGCAGCUUGGCAGGAGAAGCGUUUUCAGGAUUACAAUGAGAGAUGCACCUUUCAUCACCAUGCAAGGGAAUUUGCCACGAGUCUGAGGAACAGGGUUUCUUCCAUCAGUGAGGUGCCAAAAAUUAGGACUUUGACCUUUGUUCUUGAUGCCUGCAAAGUGCUAGAACAGGCACGGAAGGUGCUGGCCUACUCCUGUGUGUACAGCUACUAUAACCAGGACACUGAGAGCAUAGAUAUUGUGGAACAGCAGAUGGAGAGCCUGGAGCUGCACACUAAUGCUCUGCAGAUCCUUCUGGAGGAAGCCCUGCUGCAGUACCAGGACCUGGCCUCUUCUCUUCAGCUCCUGAAAGCAGAGCAUUUCAGCGCUGGUUUGCAGUUGGUACACCAGAUCAAAGAGCGCCUCUUUGCAAUUCUCUGGCACUCCACACAGGAUUUCCACGUUGGGCUCCAGACUUUGGCCGAUGCUGGUCAGAGAAAGGUGAAACUCUGCAAUGUGCCUACAUCAGCCCCUGCCUGUAUAGGGCCAAAGCGUACCAUCUUGUGUGACUCCCCCAACACAGAUGAAGGUGGCAAAGAGGUUGAAGAUGAGGAGUAUGAACCGCAGUGGCAGGAAGACUAUGAUGAUGAUGAUGACGAUGAUCUUGAUGAAGACAACUUUCUGUUUGAUGAUGAGUCAGAUAACCUUGAUUGUGACUCCUACUUUGAUGAUGAUGAUGCGUAUGACUAG